AUGGACGGGAAGGACACUUGUGUGCAGGUCGCAUUACGGUGAGAAGGUUUUCAUUGACUGAAACUUGAACUAACUUUGGAAACAAUGUGUAAAAUCGCUGUUUCACGAAAAAGUUAUUUUCCAACAAUGAUCUAUUUGUUCAAUUUCUUCCAACUUUUGCAAUAAUUGAAAUUCUGUCUCUAGGAAAUCAUAUAUUUAAGUUUUCUGUUUCAGUAAAAAAUAUGUUCCUUGAGUUUUCGUGUUACAGUCUUCCGACGAAUUUCGUUAUUAAUUUACAAAACUUUUCACGACUGGGCCCGCUGUACAGGCCGAGCUGACGCUCGAAAGCGGAUAUAUUCUUAUAUUUGCUUCAAAAUGCAUCUAAUUAGACUCAUAUACUUUGGCCAAACCUAAAUACAUUCUGUUAGCCAGAUUAAUAACGAUUUGCACGAGUCUAAAUCCAUUUUUUGUUGAACAUUUUCUCGGUAUUUCAGUAUCCGUCCGCAGGGAAACCGCGAGAAGGCCGAAGGGAGUCGCGUGUGCACGGCGGUGCUCCCGAACGACCCGCAGGUGACCAUUGGCGGCGAUCGCUCGUUCACCUACGACCAUGUGUUCGACCAGCCGACCCCGCAGAACGUCGUCUACGAGGCGUGCGUCGAGAAGCUCGUCGACGGACUUUUCGAUGGAUUCAAUGCGACCGUACUCGCCUACGGACAGGUACCGCAUUUUCUUUGGGGGGAUUUUUAUCGGAUUCUUGCAGACGGGAUCCGGAAAAACGCACACGAUGGGAACGGCGUUCGACGCGGCAGUCAAACAGAAAGAAGAGGACUUGGGAGUGAUUCCGCGGGCGAUUCAGCACACUUUUAGGCUGAUUACAGAGUGCAAAGUAAGCUUGUUGGAAUUUGUUAGGCCUGUCACUAAAAAAUUAGUUUUUGAGAUAUUUAUACCAUCGCAUAGAGCGUAAAAAGUUACACAUGAGUACAGUACGACAUUUGAGGCCUCAACGUACUGAAAUAUGGUCAACUGCAGAGUUGUGCCAGUAGUCAUGGAUCCAUGAAGAUCUAACAGAUUGUGUUUGGGAAUAAUGUUGUACUGGACUCAUGUGUAACUGUUUACCGAAUAAAGCAUUUAAUCAAAAAAAAGUUUUGUAAAUUGCGUGAAUCGGUAAUAGUUUUUUUUGUUGUUGAAAGUGAUUGCAAAAUGUGUGCCUUUCAAACGAAGCAAAAAUUGAUUGCUACAAAACAACGUUACACAUUUUCGAAUUUUUCUCCAGACGCGCGCCCUCGAACAAGGCCAUCUGGAACCGUCGUUCGAGGUGUCCGUGCAAUUUGUGGAAUUGUACAAUGACGACGUGCUCGACUUGCUCUCCGACGACCGCAGCAUGUCUUCGAGCAUACGGAUUCACGAGGACUCGCGCGGAGAGAUUGUACUUUACGGCGUCGAGCAACGAUCGGUUUUCGACAUGCACGGGGUCAGUUUAUGUCCGAGAGGAUUUUGUCUUUCCGCUCGGAUUCAUGUGAAAACAUCGAACCUUUUGAAAUUAGUUUACUAGACCCUUGAAAAAUUCAACAUUUCUGAAUAAAACCCCUUUUUGCAGACAAUGGACAUUCUCAAGAACGGCGCGCUGAACCGGACGGUCGCCUCGACGAACAUGAACGAGCAGUCGUCCCGUUCGCACGCCAUCUUCACGCUGCACCUGAAGCAGCAGAGAGUGGCGGCGAACCCGCUGGACGAGGCCGGCGAGCCGUUGAAGACGGGCGAACUCGAGAUGGAGGUACUCAGUGCCAAGUUCCACUUUGUCGACUUGGCCGGGUCCGAGCGGAUGAAGCGGACCGGCGCGACCGGAGAUCGCGCCAAGGAGGGCAUCUCGAUCAACGUCGGACUGGUGAGGAAGCCUUCGUCUUGACGAUCUGAUUUUGACAAACAUUAUUCAAGUUAUUCCGACUUUGCUGAAACUGAGUUUUUUGAAAAUUUUAUAUCUUUCCUGCGAUGUGCUGUUUGCAGACUCUUUGGCGUCCCAAAUAACGCGUUUUUCUUUGUAACAGCUAAAAAUUUACAGCCCCACAUAUACAAGUAACACAAAUAUCCAUAUUUUACACCUCUAAAACUUGCAGUUGGCGCUCGGAAACGUGAUUGCCGCUUUGGGCGGUGCGAACGGAAAAGUCAGUCAUGUGCCGUACCGGGACUCGAAAUUGACACGACUUUUGCAAGAUUCGCUCGGUGGAAACAGGUAUUAUUCUCAGAAUAACAGAAAAGGGUUCGAAAAAGGUGAUUUCAGUCGGACGCUGAUGAUCGCGUGCUGUUCGCCGUCGGACAGUGAUUUCGUCGAGACGCUCAACACGAUGAAAUACGCGAAUCGCGCGAAAGAAAUCAAGAAUAAAGUGGUGGCGAACCAGGACAAAUCGUCGAAAAUGAUCGGAGAGCUGCGCAGUCGGAUCGCCGCUUUGGAGGCCGAAUUGCUCGAGUUCAAGCAGGGACGGAGGACGGUCGAUGUGAAUGGGCACGAAGUGGUCAACGAUCAGUACCACGAGAACGUCUACCUCACAGUCAGCUCUUCUUUUUAACUGAAAUUUUUGAGAAACAUGCAACAGCACACGGUCUCCAGAGCUUUCGUGGCUAAUUUUGCGAAAUUAAUAUCUAUGUAUUCGACGUGGCACACCCAUUGUUAGCUCUGGAGACCGUGGCGUAUCUUAAAAAUUCUAUGAACUCAUUAAAAAUGAUUAUUGAGAAAAAUUUCGAGAACCGAAGAAGCUGCAAUACUUAAUUUCUAAUUUUACAAAGAUUCAAAUGUUAAACUUCAGAGCGAAGUGAACCAUUUGCGAUUCCGAGUGAAGGCGCUCAACGAGACGCUCGACAUUCUCCGAUCGGAAAAUAUCGAUUUGAAAGCGAGGCAGGAGCUGUCGGGACUGUCUGCUUCUGCGGGGACCGACGCCGAGUCGGAUGCGGUGCAGACGACGUUCCGAAAGUAUUUGGAGGAAUUGGAGCGGACCAAGUCGCUUCUGUACGAGUCGCAGUCGACGUGCGACCAGUUGCGGAAGGAGAAUGCGCGAUGGAAGACGCGGGGAGGCGGCGGAGAGUUGAACAGCCAGAAACUGAUCGAAAUGGCCAAGCAAGAGGUCGAGCAGCAGCGGAAACUUAUGGCCUCGGUGCAGAUCAGUGAUGGUGGGCGCAACGCAUUUUUUGCAGGCGAAUUUGACUGGCAUUUCUUUUUGAAUUCAACAAUAUAUUUCUGAUAACUAUUAUACUUCCGAAAGAUUACAAAGAAAUAUUUGAAACAGUGAAAAAGAAAAAGUUUUUAGUAUUCAUCAUUUCUAUACAUUUUCGAUGCUGUCCUCCUCUGUUUAGCCCAACUUUUCGGCGAAAUCUAUUUGGCUAGUAUUUACAAGACUUUAAAAUUUUGAAAGAUCUUUCAACCAGACUGUAUUACCUGCAAUCGACUAGUGAGCGGAAAAAUUCUUAAAAUUCUGACUUUUAAAGUUUUUUCGUUAAAAAUCUCUAAAAUUUUACUCAGAAAUCAUGUUUUUAAUUUCUCGUACUAAAAUCCAGUUCACAAUUUCAGCGCCGACGUCGGAGUACUCCUCGAUGGGUCCGGACGACGACGGCACUUCGAAUGACACCGAAUUGGAGCUGUUGGACGAGGAAAUGGACGAGGACGAGGAGGAGGAAAAGGAAGAAGAAGAGUCGGAGGCCCUGCAGAUCGAUCUGAACGAAGUGAUGAUCGAAUUGGACAUCAAGGAGAAGCUGAUCGAUCAGUUGGAACGGGCGGAGCGACAGAAUCAGCAGAUCCGAGAGACCUACGAGAAGAAGUUGCGGGAAUUGAUGGAACGGAUCAAGGAGACGGAGACGGAGCGGGACCGUGUGCUGACCGAAGAGACCAGAAGACCCGGCGGGAAGGGGCCGAUGAGUGACGAGCAGACGAGGGCGAUCCGGCAGGAGUACGAGCUGAAAAUCACGGAUCUGCGGAGGGAACUCAAAAAGAUCGAGGCGCUCGACAAGGAGCACUUGAAAGUGAUUGCAAAGUCGCAGCGGGAACUGCAGGAGAAGACGCGUCUGAAGAGUGAGGUGGUCGAUCUGAAGAAGGCCAAAGUGGAGCUGAUCAAGAAGAUGAACGAGGAGAAGCGGAAGCAGAAGGCGCAGCAACUGGCGAAUGCGCGCGCGAUCGCCACGAAGGAGAAGCAGACGCGGCUGCAGGCGAACAAAAUACGCACUCUCGAGAUGAAGGACAAGCAGCGGGAGCAGUUCCUGAAGAAGACGACGCAGGAGGUGAACGCAUUGCGCAAGGAGAAGGCCGUCGCCGCGGCCGCCGCAAGACAGGUACCGGUUUUUCGGGGGCUAUAGACUGAGAAAGUCCAAGUUACACUGUAUUUGUAUCCCCAAACACCUAGGAGACACGAGGAGAAUUUUGCAGGCGACGCGUGGUCCCGGCCGCCCGCCCGCACUUUCCGUGAAUUCGCCGUCUCGCCGAGUCCGCGCGCCCGUCCAGGCAGUCAAGGAACUCGCGUUCUCGGCGAAAUCCACCAAAAUCAAGUGGGACGUGAUUGUGCGGAAAAUCGAGGAGAGUGCGCGAAGAAGACAGACUGUGCAGAAGAUGGAGGCCGAAUUGGAGAGGUACCUGAACGAGCGCCACGCCGUCAUGCUCGACAUUGUCGAGAAUGUAAGUGAAUGUUGUAUACUUGAAGCGAAAAAAAAUGGAGACAAACACAAAUUUGUUUGCAGGAAAAGCAGUUCACCCAAUCGCAAGACGUGAUCUACCGCGACGGCCUUCUCGAAGCGAUCGAUAGUGCGAAAGAGAAGCUGCAGUACGUGCAGGACCAGAUCACUUAUCAGCAAAAGUUGAUUUGCGACGUCGACGAGGUUAGCCACGGUUCUCUUCUGAUCCACUUUUUUUUGUUAGCUUUAUUAGAAACAUUUUCAAAGUGUAAAAUGGACGUGGGGAAAACAAAUUAUGCAGAAAUCUCGGAUAUGA